GACAGAGCAGCCAUUGGGCGCGCUCAGUGUGGCCGCUGCGAGUGUGGGGCGAGCGUGGACCGCGGCGCGGCGGUGCGACUCCUUCCCCGGCCCUUCUCCCCGCCGCAGGCGAGGGCACCGUGUGGCGGCGGCGGGGCCAGCGAGGCCGGAGGAGGCGGCUGUGCCCGGGCAUGGUGGUCUGGGGCAACGCGGAAGGUUGUGACAGAAAUAAAGUUUACAGAAGUCGUGUUCCUGCGAUAAGAAAUAAAGAUGUGACCUUCCAGUUGUGUAAAGCUCUUAAAUGCUGUGUGAGUGCGUCGGGUGCGCUAAGGAACCUGGAGCUAAAUGGGCUAGUUCUGAGAGAGAGAGACUUAACUAUGUUAACAAGCUGCCAAGCAGUAACGGCUGUCUUUGUACUGAAUCCCGGAAGUGUCUCUGUAUCCUGGAAGUAUUGCAAUGAUCGUCUUCACACCUGCAAAAUAUUCCUGCACCGUGUACGCAAAUGAUUAUGGCUCCGCUCUCGGGCCUCAUCUGGGAGCUACUGCAUGUGAGGAUCAAAUUGAUACACAUUAGGGCAUCCUCAGCGGUCUUUGGCAAAGGCCUAUAGAUUACUUCGCUAUCCAAUUUGUUAACUGGACAGCAGAGCCUGAGUGGAAAGAACAAUGCGCUCGUCAGUUGGGAGAAGCUCCUCCAGGUAUCAACAGAUACAAGCAAGGCGAUCUCACUGUGCAGGUUGAUUAGAACUGGGUUUGUAUUUUGGACAAUAAACUCUACUUAUGAUAGUCUCCCAGUCACUAAGUAUCUCUGCUGUAAGAGGAAACUGGGGCUAUUAACUUCUCCAGAUAGAACCCGAGGGAAAAGUGAUCAUUUCUUUUCUAAGCAGAAGGGAAGGUUCUGCUCAAUAAAGAUCAGUUAAACAUCUCUGUUAAAAGACUGCUUGGAGCUGGUGCCAAAGGAAAUUCCACUGUAUUAACCCGUGCUCCCUCCAACCCUCCCCACCUCUGUAGCUUGCGCUGGGGAAAAUUGUAAGAGGACGCUGGCUGUUGUAAGCUUUAUAAGGUGACAGUCGCUCUCACAUCCGUGGCUGAAUGAUCUUUGAUGUUGAGUGACUUUUCCUGCAUUUAGCAGGGGUAUUCCCAGAGGAUGGCAGGCAAAUCAAACGCUCCUCUGAAUUCAGCUGAGCAUCAAUCAUCCUCAUGAGGGAGUAAAAAAAAGAAUAUAACAAUAGGUACCGGGAAAAAUGAUAUGGUGGUCUGAGCUAGUAAUUCCCAGGAUGCAGGAAGAGUUUUGGGGGCCCUAGAAAAUCCACUGCAUAAAGAAAACCCGCCACAAUCUCCACCAGCAUCUUAUAGUUACCACCUCAUUCUUGUCCUUUAAAAUACAGUGUGCUUGUCCUUUAAAAUACAGUGCGUCUUGUACAUUAAGAUACAGUGUGCUUUCUACUCUCUGGCUUAGACUGCAUCCUCUCAUGUAAAUUCCAUCUGUUCUUGCUUGAGGGAGGGCAGACACAACCUUGACUUUAUCCUCUUGAUGAGAGUGAUGUUUCAUGGUGUUGGGAGGAUUUUCAUUGGGUCAAUUGCCUGAUUGAGACAUAGCCUUAGUGAGGUGACAAAUAGCAGGCAUUAAUGUCUCUUUUUUAAUGGUAUGAUGAAUGGUCUAAGAGAAGGGUCAGCAAACUGUAGCCAGCCGCCUGUUUUUGUAAAUAAAUGAUUGGACCACA